GAAGCAACGGUUCCUGUGGCUCGCGGUCCCGUCAGCGGUCUUCGCGACGUUGGACGCGGCCAACGACCGGCGCCCGGAACAAGAUGGGGAUUUCUCCCUCAGGGCCAAGCUGGCAGCUCUGGAGAUGGAGCUGGAGGCCAUGAAACGAGAGAAAGCCGAAUCAGAGGCCGGUUCAGCGUUGGGAUCGGAGCAAGGCUUAGCAGCCGCCUUGGCCCAACAGAAGGCAGCGCUGGAGGCACAAACAAAGGUGCUCCAGGAAGCGUUGGGACGAGGCGGAGGCAACCAGUCUGUCACCGCGGUCAAAACAGACCUUCAUUGGCCGACCUUGACAGACGAGCGCUCUGACUUCAAGGAUGAUGUCACCUUGUUCUAUGAGGAGUUCGAGGAUGUGUGCGCCUUAGCGAACUCCUGCCGUGGAAUGAAUGCCCGCGAGAAACUGCUGGCUCUCCGAGCGCGCUGCCGGGGAAGUAGGCUGAAGACCUACCAGAACCUGUACCGGUCCGCUUGGAAGUCCGGAGAGGUCCUGGAAGACCCCGAAGCAGUGUAUGAGCGCAUCAAAUCGAAACAUUUGAUGUUUAGUGAAAGCCGAGAAGAGCGAGAGAUCCGCGUCGAUGCGGAGCAUGUCGCGCUUAUGAAAGGGAAGCUCACUGGUCACCAGUUCGAACCUUUGUUCGAAGCGUCGGUGGCGGAAUUGGAAGCUGUGGGUCUUGGAAAGACGCAGCGAGAGCUUUUCCUCUCUUACUUGAGGAAGGUUGGGACCAGUCUCCAACGGGAGAUUCGACCCGACAAGCGGCUUUGGGGACAUGAAGACAAGCUCCGAGGGCCGCAGACCUGGGAGGAGGCUCAUCGGGUCGUCCUCGAGUAUGAGCAGCGAGAAGCGACUAACAAGGCCACCGCCAACGCCGUGUUCACGACCACCGGCGAAGCCACGCGUCUUGCUGCGGAUCUCGCAAAGAAGGAGAAAGCAGAGAAGGCGAAGCGGGACAAGGCCAACAAGGAGGCGAACAAGGGAAAGGGCAGAGGCGAUCAGGUGGCGAUCACGUCUGGAGAUCCCCGCAAGGACAAACUCUGCUGGGAUUAUCGUGAUCACGGGAGCUGCAGAAAGGGUCGCGAUUGUCCUUUCUCGCACGACAAAGAGCUGCGUAGGAAGGAGCUUGAAAAGAAAGGCAAAGGGAAAGGGUCCGACUCCUAUCCGGCGAAAGGUGGACAAGGUUCCGCUCCAAGUGGGUGGGCAGCUCCAAGCGGGAACAGCGUGCUCAAUCCGUUCGCCGCGUUCUGUGUGGUGACGGGUGGUUUAGAGCAGGAUUGGUGGCAUGUCGUGCCGAAUGAGCCUGGCGGUUAUCAAUACAGCACCGUCGUGCAAAUCCUUGAUAAGAAGGUUGACACGAUGUUGGACGGAUGCGCUGGGUCCAAUCACAUCACGGAAGAGCUGGUGGUCGGGAUCAUCAAUCGGGCUGCGGAGCUAGGCUUGCGCCCAAAUGACAAGAACUUUCCGAUCAUUCAGUUCGAAAAAUGGCUGUAUCCAGAGUACGUGCAUGGGAUUGCGAGCGGCUCACCCGUGCCGCUCAAGGGUGGCGUGGUUCUCCGCGUCCGUCUUCUUGAAGGGGACAACCCGGACCGGGCGAAGCCGGGACAUGAGCUGUUCGUGAGGUGCAAGAUCGCGUCAAAGGGGACUAGCGAUUUCCAUGGUUUGAUCCUUGGGGGCCGCGCGUUGGAUUGCGAAGCGCGACGUGGGCUAGGUUUUCGACCUGGGCCCAUGACCCAUGUGCUGGACUCUCUAGGUGUGCAUCUCCCGCGCUGUGAGAACCUCAGUGCGGAGAGGAAGGACAGAGCCUAUCCUUUCCGGUCCAUCCUCUCGGCAGUAGACCAGGAGGCUGAGGGACAUCUGGAGCCGGAGACCGGGCCAAGGGCCAUGGUAGUCUAUGCAGGUGAUGAAGGAGCGACGCUGCUUCCUGGGGAAGGCGCUCUCCUUCCCGUGCGAAUCGCUGGCAACUGCCAGGACGUUGCCACCAUACGUAUAUAUGCGUCCGGUUGUGGCUCUUGA